GGAGUCCUCAAGUAAAGUUUCUUUGCAGGGGAGGCAAGCAAUGCUUCGGUGAUCCCUCCUGGAAAUUUUGAUCGAGAAAGUCAACCUUGCAUGCAACCUACACAUUCCGAGCAACAGCCAGUUGGUACAAUGGGUCAGCGGUACCCGAACAAAGGUGAGGUGCAAAAGCAAGUUCAAAGGAGAAGCAAGAGGCAAGAACCGAGUGGAAGGGAAAACCUGAGCAGAGCACUCGUUCCUGCACCAGUGAGAAAAAGCACGAGAAGAAAGUCAAGGCAUUUGCAGGGGUGGCUUGGUGAAAGGUUUCUGUAUAGCAAUAGGCUACCCGGCGCAAUAGGCAUUAAAUCAUAUUCUCGCGGUGAAGAUGGCAAGGUUGCACUGAGAGUGGAAUCCUUCCUGCCCAAAAAAUAUUCAGAUCUUGUAGCGCAAGUCGGGAUGUACUGAGGUUCUUGGAUAUGUUUCAGUCAUGACGCUUAUAUCUAUCCUUUUGUGGGAUUUGCGAGCUUUAUCUUAGCCACGCAACAACUUUUGAGAUUGAUGUUGCCAUCUAUAUUUGAACUUGUAUCCUGUAUUUUCACAACUUAUCAGGCACGGUUGUGCAUGUGGGAUGAGGCAGAUAUCUCUCUCCAUUGAUUGUUUCAA